CCCUCUCCUGGAAGAGCAGCGCCGGGACGGCUCGCUCCGGGCAGCGGCGGUGCGGUUCCUGCACUCUGCCCCGAAGAGAAUUGCUGCUGUCGCUGCCUCCCCGAGACUGCUUUUGACCUGAAUCUACAAACCAAUGAAGAAAUGAAAGAACAGAACAUACCAACUGUCAUUAUCUGUUUAUUUCACAUCAGUGCUACACUUUGGGGUUUUACAGAACAGGAAGAAGUAACAGGGCUGUUUUCCAAGGAUUGCAUCCUCCCUUGUCGUUUCCCACCUGGGCAUGAUGAAGUAAUUCACUGGAAAAAAGAGAACAAAUAUGUGCACAGUUACUACCAGCACAAGGAUCAGCUGCAAGGACAGGAUCCACAUUACAGACUCAGAACACACCUUUUCCCCGAGAACAUCCCUAGUGGAAAUGCCUCCUUGAAACUCAGUAACCUGACCAUGGCUGACGAGGGUCCUUACACCUGCUACGUGGGAACGGUGCAAUAUCAAACAGAGGUGGUAGUGCUGCUACACAUAAAAGCUCCUUCUUCUUAUGCACUGGAAUACCAAAAGACAAACACAGAAAGGAGACUGAAGUGCUAUGCUUUUCUCACUUAUCUGGCACCAUCUAUAUCUUGGGUACAGGGCAAUACAUCCAUCCAAGAGACAGAUCGGGAGGCAACUAGGAAUGGAGUUUUCUAUUCUCUUAGAAGUGACAAGGACAUUAUAAACAUAACAGAUACUUACUACUGUCACAUUCAUUUGGAUCAUGAAGUGUGGGCUGCUGAAUGGAAGAUGCAAGACCACGUGGCUAAGGUGGAAGGAGAGAGCACUGUAAUUCCGUGUGAACACGGCAAUGACGCUGCAAGCACUGAUGGUUUCAGUGUUGUCUGGACAUUACACAGAAAUGCAGUGACCUCAGUCCUGGCCUCCUUCAAUGGCACAUCUCACUCUCACCAUCCUCGAGUCCAGGUUAACGAAAGUGACUUCUCACUGAGGCUGGAUCAUCUUACUGCAGGCGACAGUGGAGAAUAUCUGUGUAAUAUCUCAACACCUCUCUACACAAAACUUGCUGUGACAACUUUGCAUGUCGAAAAUUCAGGUAACGCUGGGAAAAUUCUGUUUGGUGCAUUGGCAAUAGCAGUGGCAAUAGCAGUGGCAAUAGCAGUGGUACUUUUCUGUCUCAAGAAGAAAAGGAAGAGAGGAAUCAUAUGAACACGGUGACAUACAGGAAGAAAAUAGCUCUCUAAACACAGAUACUACUGAUGUUGGUGAUGAAAACAACCAAGAGUUCCUCCACAUUCCCCUUUGAGUUACAGUAAGAGCCACAUGCAAAUGUGAUUUUCUGAGCAACAGUAAUGAACAAAUGGGAAGGAAGAAAGUCAAUGGACACUCACGUGAAAAGUCAUGGAGCAUCUCAUCCCCCACAUGAGCUUACCUGUUGCUUUUUAACUGGUGAGUUAAACCAGACAGAGCUGUCUUUAACUGGUGAGUUAAACCAGAGUUGUCUUGUAGCAAGUUAUUUUGGCACCAUGGCAUUACCAUCUGGAAAGAUAAACUGGAAUUCUGACUGACAGGCUCUGCCUUUACAAACUGUAUAAGCUGCAUCAAACUUUCAUGAUGCAGAAGUCUUCCACACAUUUUCCUGGAAACUGGAGUUUCUCCUCAGAGCAGGGAUGCCUGCUUUGCACUUAGUCCUCUGGUGGCCGAGUAUUUCUUUUGCUAGUUUUAAUAUAGGUACCUUGAUAUCAUGUACUGUUUUAUGUAAUCUACUGGUAGUUAUUUUGUUUUAUAAUGUGUCAGAAUUAGACCUUUCAUGUGUUACCUUCUGUCUGUUCAAUAAGUAACUAAUUUUAUAAAUAGCCCUGAUCUGCCAUCCUUGGAACUUGCAGGCCAGAGUGAUUUCUUAAACAGCUUAAAUAGCUGUUGCCAAAAAUCUGAGGCUAAGGCAGGGCUUGUGUGAAGCUCCCACUCAUCCUGUGACAAGUCAGCAUGCAAAAUUGGAUUUCCUAAAGGGACAAAGAAGUUUCCAGAGAAGAAAUCCCUAAAUUUUAAGGUUUUUUUUUUUUUUUUUUUUCCCAGAGUGAGGGAAAAAGAGCUCACUGGUUUUCAUUUCAUUUAUUAUUUUAUUUUAAAGUAACAACCAUGUCUGCUGUCGACAGCGGCAAGUCUGAGCCCAGCAGAGCGCGCUGGGCUGGCAGUGAUGGGGGAGCAGAGGAGUGUCAGAGUGGGAACAGCUGUGGGAACAAAGCAGUGGCAGAGUAAGGUCUGAGAAGCUGGAUGCUGCCAAGCACAGCCCACCACAGUGGUCUGGAAAAUGGGCUUUGUGACAUGGACCAUCCUGCUUUUGUCCUGGGGUCCACAUGGGAACGGUUGCCACCUUGUCUUAGUCUGGAAAAACAUGUGGAGCCAGCUGCCAUCUUGUCCUUGUCCCAGGGAACCACAUGGACAUGACCUACAGGGAGUGUUCACCAUCUUGUCUUUGUCCCAGCAGCCACGUGGAACUAAAUUGAGCUGGUGAACACCUUUUUGUGGGUAAAGCAUCUCUUCUUGUAUGCUUUUGUUAUGAACUUGUUGCUCUUUGCUGUCAGUAAAUUAUGUCAACCCACA